CUUGGCAACAGUGAGCAAGUCGUGUUUCGAACGGAAUGCGUGGUUCGCAGUGCGGUCGUUGCAGCUUGUGCAAGCUCGAAAAUUCUGACAGCGUAGACUCACUGGACUCCCUUUAAAGCCCCGCCGUGCAUGUAGGGCACCUACAAGAUACGCAACUGGGCACCGCUGAAUUGGACCGACAUCACCUCACUUCGUUCCAGUGGGACCCUGCGAACCAUGGCCGCUGCUAGUCCAACCCAGAGCUGUGGAAAACGAAGUCUUCAACAGAAACGCAACGGCAAGCAGUCGGCUGCUCAGUUGUCAGCUCAAAAUGGGUACUCACCUUCCAAGAAAGGGAAGACCAAGGAAGAAGCGCCUGCACCCACGCGCACUGCUUAUCCACGAAAACUGGAGUACGCUUCGACCAACUGGAAAAAGCUGCAAGAGGUGCUGAAGAUGAAUGACAAAUCUAAACCGACAGAUACUGGUGCCCAGCAGAAAUCCAAAUCCAUGGGAGUGGUCAGGCAAACUCAGCCACAACAACCUGCCACUAAGAAACCAGACAUAUGGUUCGACGGCGUGGAUCCUAUGCUUCUUGAGCCAGAAAUGGGGAUAGCAGCAAAAUCCAAGCUCACAGUUUCUAAUGGCCUGGUUAAGCAUGGUUCUUUCAACAAACCCACCCGAACUGUGGCCAUGGACUGCGAGAUGGUAGGUGUGGGCCCAGAGGGCAAAGACUCCAUGUUGGCAAGGGUUUCCAUAGUGAAUGUUAUGGGCCACUGCAUUUACGACAAGUUUGUCAAGCCCAUGGAAGAAGUGGUCGACUACAGGACGCCCGUCAGUGGAGUUCGGCCCAAGGACUUGGAAAAUGCCGAAGAAUUCAGUGUAGUGCAAAAGGAAGUGGGGGAACUUCUUGAAGGUCGCAUAUUGGUUGGCCACGCUGUUCACCACGACUUAAAGGUGCUGUUCCUGUCUCACCCUAGAAGGAAAAUCCGUGACACCAGUGCGUACAAGCCAUUCCGCACCAUGUUUGGUGGUCGAACACCAUCUCUGAAGAGGCUGUCAGAAAGAAUAUUGGGUGUCAAAGUGCAGGAAGGCGAACACAGUUCAGUACAAGAUGCACAGGCAGCAAUGCGUUGCUACACCUUGUACAAACGACAGUGGGAGGAAGACAUCCGGAUAGGAAGGCAGAGAGUGGCGCUACAAAGGACACAAGCAGCUGAACAGUCUUAGCACAUCUGCUGCUUACACUCUAAGUUAUCUUGUCACUCCUCUGUACAUAGCCACCUACGAAAUUAUACUUUUUUUUUCUUUUUCAAAGAAAAGUAUGUACUAUAAAGGCAAUGCUGCUGUUAA